AUGUCGAAAUCACGAAAGGGACCUGUAAAAGACCACGAAAUUGAGAAGUUACUCCAAAUUUGGCCGUCAUCGGAAGAGGAGAGUAAUGACGACGAGGAUUUUCAAGCAACUGAGGAAGGUCCCUUGCAACAUCCAACAACAUGUGUACUUACACCUGAGCUUUAUACUAACUUAGCUGGAAAUAAAGACCUAGAAUUAUUCCCUCACAAUGAUAAAGCUGGUCUUUCCCAGUCCCAGCGUUCAUCAACACGGGCUCUAACUCCUGAACUUGUUCCUGACUUGCAUGAAAUCGAGGACCUGGAAGAACUCCCACACGAUUUCAGUGCUGGUCCUUUCCAGCAUCCACCAACACGCGCAUUAACUCCUGAGCUUAUUCAUAACUUGCAUGAAAAUGAAGACAUGGAUGUACUCUCUCAUUAUGACAGCGCUGGUCCUUCCCAGCAUCCACCAACACAUGCACAAACUCCUGAACUUUAUUCUAGCUUACCUGAAAAUGAAACUGCUACUGCUGGUGAUGGUAUCUUACAUAAUCCUGAGUUUGAGCAAAUACCUGAAGAGCCAACUUAUGCUGAAUUACAGUCUAAACGGAGAGAGUGGACUACUCAGAUUGAGAACUUUGUUCUGAACUCAAAGUCUGAACUCACCUUUUUAACGGAGAACUGCAAUCUACAAAAUUUUAUGAUCACAAAAGCGCUCCUAUUGUCUAUUUCAAUAAUAUGUUUCCAGACAAAUUAUUUCAAGUUAUUGUGA